AUGGAAAAUGAUAAAACCGUUCACGAGAGAAGGUUUGAAGCAGCUGUUAAAGUGAUGAGGAGUUUACCUGAGGAUGGUACCUUCGAGCCGUCUGAUGACAUGCUGGCUAUGUUUUACAGUUACUACAAACAAGCAACAGUCGGACCGUGUAACACUACGAAACCCAACGCAUGGGACUCGAUUGGUGAAGCCAAAUGGGAGGCAUGGAAGGCUUUAGGAGACAUGACAAAGGAGCAAGCCAUGAAGGAGUACGUCCAGGAAAUCCAGCUGAUCUUGGAGACGAUGCCGGUUACAGAAGAAGUGGCUGAAUUGUUGGACGAGCUUGAACCGUUUUAUGAAGUAGUGGAUGAUGAGGACGAUGAAGUGACCAGCAGACCUGCAAUAUUGGCCAUUGAAGCAGAGAGAAGUGAUGAAGAGGAGGAGGAGGAGGGUGAUGAGGAGAGUGGCUGUUUUGGUGAAGUUGAAGAUGGAGAAGAUGAUGUGAAGCUGGAGGACAGCAGUGAAGACGUGAACAGGUCAGUGGUGGUGAAGGCCGAGAGAGGGUCACUCCUGGUUUGUAACGGCAAUGCAGAGACACACAGCAUCUCCUCUCUAACCAGCAGCACACAUAGCUCCCUGAACACGGAGGAGGACGAGGAGGAGCUGGCCUGCAGCAGAGAAAACAGCCUGGACUCUGACCUUUAUACCUGUGCUGACCACAUCACUGAUGAUGUCAGCGAGCCGAGCCAGCAGAGCGAUGACACCGUCAGUGACGUUUACAGUGACUCAGUGGAACAUCCAGCAGACAGAGAGGGUUCAGGGGUUUCCAGGGUCCGAUUGGCAGCGUCUGGGGCGGCUGAAGCCAAAAGGCCGGUGGAGUCGGGAGGGAGCCAGGAUGGAAAGCAGCAGGAAACCCCCCUCCCCAACCCAGCGGCAGCUGGACCAGUGCAGUCUGAAAGGGUCUCAGUGAGCAGAGGAGGAGUUUCAGGAUGCAGUUCAGCAGGAUCUCGUCUGAUCUGCGAUGCUGUUGGGACACUAAGCAGUCAGGACGUCGCGCAGCGUGUGGAGACGAGUCCGGUGGUGGAUAAGUGCAGUGUGAACACACAGAUUGCGGCGGCGUUGUCACGACUACAGGACGACAUGCUGAGUGUUCUGCAGAGGCUGAACGCGCUGGAGACUCAGACUGCAGCGCAGGUUGAAACAUUCCCUCCCGAGUGUGAUCCUCAUUCAGCCUCAGUGAAGAAGAGACUUCACUGGUGGCCACUGGACGCGUCUCCUAUCAUGGUAGCAUUGGCACUCGUCUGGCCUUUUGCUGUGCAUUGGCUAGUGCAACUUUACCUACAGAAGACGAGAAGGAGGAUAAAAUGA